GUCAUUGUGUGGGUGCUCCACACGGAUCCAUACUGGGACCUCCGAUCGCAUCGAGUGCAAAAAUAAGGAGAUAAUUUUCAGCAAUACAGCUCGAGAUUACCAAAGUAUAGUCAUUUACAGCACUAUACACCCAUUUACUGACAACCUACGUCAGUCAAAUAUAACAAGACAGUGGGGACACCAUGCAGCUUCCCGUGGGUCUCGCAGCUGGAGGGGGAGGCGUCUUCUUCAUGGCUGUGGUCGCCGGUUGGUACGGGAUGCCCAAGCUCAUCUCCAGCCAGAUAGCGUCCGGACUGGCACUGAAGAAAGGAUCAGACAUCCGCCAGAUGUGGUCCAACUUCUCCGACCCCAUCGACUUCCGCGUGUACGUCUUGAACCUCACCAACCCUGAGGCGGUGCACAGAGGGGAGAAACCCAUCGUACAAGAAAUCGGACCGUACUUCUACGAGGAGUACAAGCAGAAGGUGAAGCUGCGCGACCACAAGGAGGACGACACCGUCUCGUACAACAACAAGAUCACGUGGCUGUUCAACCAGGGCAAGAGCGCUCCGGGCCUCACCGGGGACGAGUUGGUCACGAUGCCGCACCCACUGCUUCUGGGCCUGCUGCUGACGCUGGAGCGCGACAAGCCGGGCAUGCUGGCGCUGGUGAACAAGGCGAUCCCGCCGCUCUUCCGCAAGCCGGAGAGCAUCUUCGUGACGGCGCCGGUGCGCAACUUCCUCUUCGACGGCAUCGUCAUCAACUGCACCGUCACCGACUUCUCGGCCAAGGCGCUGUGCACGGGGCUCAAGAAGGAGGCCAAGGAGCUCAAGCGCGAGGGCGACAACUUCUUCUUCUCCUUCUUUGGACACAAAAAUGGCACGGUGGACGCCGGGCGGCUGCGGGUGAAGCGCGGCAUCCAGAACAUCGACGACCUGGGCCGCGUGGUGGCCUUCAACGGCGAGCCCAAGAUGUCCUCGUGGCGGGGCGACCCGUGCAACGACCUGCGAGGCACCGACUCCACCAUCUUCCCGCCCUUCAGGGACCCCAAGGAGCCCAUCGUCGCCUUCGGCGCAGACCUCUGUCUGUCUCUGGGCGCGAACUGGGAGCGCAAGGCGGAGUACAUGGGCGUGCCCGGCAACAGGUACACGGCCGAGCUGCCGGACAUGAAGGGCAACCCGGAGCACCACUGCUACUGCCCUACCGAGCAGACCUGCCUCGAGAAGGGCACCCUCGACCUCUCGCCCUGCGCAGGUGCCCCAGUGAUAGCUACGCUGCCGCAUUUCUACCUGGCGAGCGAGACGUACCUGCAGACUGUAUCGGGUCUGCAGCCAACCAAGGAGAAUCACGAGCUCUUCAUGGUCUUCGAAUCGACGACAGGGUCACCCAUGGAGGCCCGUAAGAGGCUGCAGUUCAACAUGUUCCUCCACAAGAUCAACAAAAUAGACCUACUGGCCAACGUGCCCUAUGCUUUGAUGCCACUCAUCUGGGUCGAGGAGGGCCUCGCACUGGAGGAGAAGUACGUAUCGACACUGCGCAUGUUGUUCCGCAUGCAGGGCAUCAUGUCUGGCGCCAAGUGGACGCUGAUGGCGGUUGGUGUGGGGAUGGCUGGCGCAGGGGGCUACCUGCACUUCAAGCGGCGCAAGGAGCUGGUCGUGGGGCCCGCCGAGCCCAAGAAGGUCGUCACUGGACGCGACACUACGGGCCACCCCAUCACGCUGGAGAGCUCCCACUCCAGAUACUAGUCCUGGACACUCCAGGCCAUCCCACUGGGCGUGACAGCUCCCACUACACAGACUUGGAAGGUCGCAGCUGGACUUACCGACUCCCCAGGCCGUCCCCUCAGCGAGACAGCACCAGAAGCUGAUGGACCUGGUGGCUCUUAAGGGAAGCCUGAUUCUACCAUCUUCAGGAUCCUGCUGUGGAGCUGUAGUUGUAGAAACUAAUGUUCCUUUUCCUAGGCUGAUGAAUUCUGUGCACCACAUUGGGCAAUGCUCCCAAACACCUUCGGCCAUCACCAUGCACCACAUAGCGGUUCAGGCCACAACACUCAAGCUGUUUGCAACUUGCAGUAGCAAUGGUUAUCGCUACGUUGCUCUGAUCCAACGACAUAACUCCUACGUAGAUCGCUUUGCUUGUAGAGAUUUAUCAGCAUAAAUUACUGCAGUUUUGUCUUGAGAUUUAUUAACUUCCACCUAAACAACUGAUAUGGUCAACAUCGUUAAUCUAUAUUUACAAGUGUCUGCAUGUAAAGUAAACUGUUGUUAACCGUAAGCAAGUCUGAAACAGUUUAUAUCGCGAUACAGGGUCUUUAACUUUCCUAUCUACCGAGAUAUUGAAGCAACUGCUGCUCUUACAACGACGCUAUGUACCUUCCUGUCCUCAUACUUUCUGUGCCGUUUGGUAACGUUGUAAACCUUGCGGUCGUCGUCA